AUGCCUGUCCUCUUGAUCGGUGUCUGCGUGUCCGGAGCGGUUGGGAAUUUGCUCGUUUUGCUAAUUUUCAUCCGUGACUUCAGGAACGGAAAGGGCUCUGAGGUAAAAGCACUUCUCGCUUCUUUAGCUUCUACGGAUUUGGUGAUCCUGUUAUUGUGCGCGCCCGUGCGCGCCAUCACCUACUAUAAGCAGACCUGGACCUUGGGGAGUUUUGUGUGCAGCACCACAGACUGGUUCCAGCACUCGUGUGUGGUUGCAAAAACUUUAAUCCUCGCAUUCACCACCAGAGCCAAACACACUUUGAUUCCCAGCAAUGCCACGGGGGGUCUGCACAACCCGACGUGGAUUCACGGAGCCCUGGCGUUCAUUUGGAUAGUGUCCAUGAUGUUUCCCAUCCCUCAGAUGCUGUUUGCCUCCAUGCUGCCGUAUGGCCGCGACAAUAUUUGCGUCUCCGAAAUGCCAGCGUGCGCGUCUGACUUCAUGAGUUUGUUCUACAAAAUUUAUCCGACUGCAACCUUUGUUGUGCCAGUCAUCUACACAGUGGCCUACUACACUAAAACGCUGCACACUGCGGUGAACCACGCACCGAGACCGCAGCACCAGAGCAAAGUUAUCCUGGUUUUGUUGUGUCUAAGCGGCGCCCUCGGGCUCAUGCUGCUGCCGGAGUGGGGGACAUUCACCUGGAUCAGACUCGGCUACUCCAGGCCUCCCGUGGGUUUAAUGAUGUUCGCGCAAGUCCUCCUUUACGCAUGCAGCUCUUUGUCCCCGGUCAUCUUGAUGACCAUGUACGACGAUGUGCGUCAGGGACUGAUCAGCAUCUGGUUCAUCGGGACCUGCAGAAGCAAGAAGCGCGUGCCCCGAAAAAAAUGUCCAAAAACGGAGGGGAACGGAGCAGAGGUCGGGGCAAACGCCGUCACCAACGCGAUCUCGCCAGGGAACGAGAAGACGUUCCCAGAUGUGGAGCACUUUUGGACAGGGCGCAGAAACACACACGUGGAAGAGGACCAGGACCCGGUUCCAUGGGAGAGAGAAGAGAAAAUGUUGUAA